CGUCGCCAGCAUAGCACGUCAGAGCCGUGUGCUGUGCCAGUUAGUGUUUCAUCGGUCUUAUUUGGGGGAUUAGAUCACAUUAUUCAAGAUGUCUUAUAUGCUUCCGCAUUUGCACAAUGGCUGGCAAGUAGACCAAGCUAUUUUGUCGGAGGAAGAUCGUGUUCUUGUUAUUCGUUUUGGGCACGAUUGGGAUCCCACUUGUAUGAAAAUGGAUGAAGUUUUGUACAGCAUAGCUGAGAAGGUAAAAAACUUUGCUGUUAUUUACCUUGUGGAUAUCACAGAAGUACCUGAUUUCAACAAGAUGUACGAAUUGUAUGAUCCAUGUACAGUUAUGUUCUUUUUCAGGAACAAGCACAUAAUGAUUGAUUUGGGUACUGGUAACAACAACAAAAUAAACUGGGCAAUGGAAGACAAGCAAGAAAUGAUUGACAUUGUAGAAACGGUUUACAGAGGUGCUCGAAAAGGUAGAGGUUUAGUAGUGUCUCCGAAAGAUUACUCCACCAAGUACAGAUACUGAUCUCUCCUUGAUUUGUCAAAUACUAUGUAUUAUUAUUUUUAUGUCCUUUGACUUGAACUCAUAGACCCAUUUUUUUGUUUUGCUCAUGGGCAACUGUCAAGAACUUCAAAGGUAUGAAUCAUUUUUAUGCCGCCGAUACCAUUGGGCUAGUAGAUCGUAUUAUUAGCUUUACAAGCUUUCUGAUCUAUUUUUAUAUGGGUUGAAGCCUUAAACAUUUUGUUUCAAAUAUUUUAUUGUGAUGUAUGACUAAUAAAUAUAUUAUUUGUUAUUUUUUUUUUUUAAAUGUAUAUUUUGUAUUGUUUUGUUUGCGUUCUCGAAAAUAUGUACACCCCAAGAAUAAUGAACAAGUAAAUACGGAUCAACCUUUUAAUAACCAUGUACUCACAGCAUAAAAGCUGAUGACUGGACAAGACCAAUUCUAUCCUAACUGUGCAGGUCAUUAAACAUGUAAUAAAAAAAAAAAAGAACAUUUAUUGGCAACUUAUAACAAAACAUAGGCUCCAUUCAACCAUUCAAAGCAGAUGCAUUUAUAUUUAAAGGUCUGUGAUAAACAUGUCCGUUAUGUUUAAAGGACAACUUUACACUGU